UUCUAACAUUGAUUGAAAAGUUAAUUUAUCAAAAAGAACAAACUAGUUCCAGUUCUUAUCUGUUGUUAUUCUGACUACGGUUACAAUUACUGUGAACUGUGCAUCAAAAUAACCAUAUUUACAGGAUGACUUCCCAAUGAAGAAAUGACGACAUGAAGUUUCACAUUUUAUAACUUUUUACUUUAUGAUUCAAAAUCAUUGUAAAUUAACAGACAAAUCAUGUUGCAAAUUGUUCAAAGUAUAAAUGACACAUGGAAUAGCAGAUACAACAGAUACUGUGGGAUGCAUCUUUUGCUUCUUUGGCUAAAUGCAAGUUACAUCAAGUAUUUUGGAGGGAAUCUUGUUGCAAGAGCCAGAGAGUUUUCUCUUCCUUUCUUAUCAAACUUGCCACAGUAAUUUCUAACCUUGCCCCUAGGGCAUCAUGCAUGUUUGAUUUCCAUCCCAUCUUACCAUGUGCCAUUCCUGGAACAACUCACCACUCAGUGGAUUUCUGCACCAAGACCUGCAUCCCUUGCAUCAAUGCCAUCUUUGAAAGCCUGCUGUGCAUUUGGAAGCAUGUGAGCAUUUAGCAGUUGCCCUGCUCUUUUUUUAGACACUGUAAGGAGAGAUGACUGAGAAGGGGAAGUUGGAAUCACAUUUCUUCGACAGGUACUUGGAAAUUCUGGAUAGCAUGGUGAUACAAUGAAGAGGUGUUCUUUUCCCUGAGGACUGUUAGGAGGCCACACCAUCAGGCAAACCCAGCCUGGUCGGAGAUCACCAACUGGGCAAUCUCAGGAGUACAGAGAACCGGGCUGCAGUGCUGAAAGAGAUUGAAUGACACCCUUGGUCCAUCAGGUGAUUGCCUACAUGUUGUUGAUCCCAUGCCUGUUGCUGGACAAGAUGUUGAAGCUUAUUGCUUGAGGUGUGAAUGUAAAUAUGAAGAGCGAAGCACAGUUACAAUUAAGGUAACGAUCAUCAUUUAUCUGUCAAUUCUGGGCUUACUGUUGCUUUAUAUGGUUUAUCUGACAUUGGUAGAACCCUUGCUGAAGAAACGUUUAUUACGUUCACAGUUACUACAGAAUGAAGAUGACUUUGGGGACACACAGCCAUUUGCCAAUGCCCAUGAAAUACUGUCCCGUUCUCGGUCACGAACCAACAUGUUGAACAAAGUUGAAUAUGCACAGCAGCGCUGGAAGAGACAAGUUCAAGAACAGAGGAAAUCAGUUUUCGAUCGCCAUGUUGUCCUCAGCUAAAAACACUCUCAAGUACAUAGAGGAAUACAGGAAGUGAUAAAUCAGUGGACCUAUAGAAAUAAUCUGUAUGACAAUCGUUAUGGCCCUAACUGCUUGUUGUAUUCGUUUUAUACCUUAAUUCUUCUUACCCUUGGUUCUUUGAGGAAAUAAUAUAGAAUAAUAAUCAUGUUAAUAGUUUGAUAUUCUUUCUAUAUCAUGGUUUAUUUUAAUACAUUUUCACCCUAAAUUAUCAUAUAGUUGUGGAAACAAAACCACAACAUAACAAGUGAUGGUAAACUAUUAAUAAAAUAGAGCUAGAAGUUAAUUUUUUUCCUGGAUGCUUUAAUUAUGGGGCAGUUACAGAACAAUAACAUGGGAUAUUAACAAAAGACUAAGACUUGCUGCUUUUGAUAUAAAUCACAGAAUUAUUGUUAACAAAAUUUGUUCUUUGUGGCAUUCUUCCUGCCCAAGUUUUUUUUUGCCCCCCCAACAUCCCUUUGAUUUUUGUUUUUAAUCAACAUUUUUUAUUUAAGUCAUGAAUCCUAAAGAUAGCAAUUGUACAAUAAUUGAUAAUUCAUCAAACUUAUAAUAGUUCCUCCCUCUGACCAGAAAUUGUUUGCAAUUUAUUAGAAAUAGAGGAAAAGAAAUUAAAAUACAAAACUUACAACUUCACCAAUUAAAAAUAAUUUGGUUUAGUCAUUGUUCUAGCCCUAAACAUUAUAGAAAUAGCCUAAUUUUGAAUUUUUUUUUAAAAAAAUGGUGCUAGAAUAUGAUACACCUUUACAGCAGUUUUUACAUCAGUUUUUUUUCUCUAUUGUACAGUUAGUUAAUGGAUUUUGCAAUUCAUUAGUAGUCUUAGUUUAUUAUCCCCAAUUUUCAUUUCAUUUACCUUCUCUUGUGAAUGCAGUAGCAGUCACUUGGAGACAUAGUUCCAUUAGUGCGACGUACUCCUUUCCUGUUAAGUUGUUCAAGCCUUGACCAAGACAUUGGUAACUAAUUUCACUGUAGAAAAUACCAUAACCAUUCCCAAACUUGUCUACAACUAACAUCCAUGUGCAUUUUCUAGUGGACCUCAUUGGAUGCUAAUAAUAAGCAGGCUGUUUUGCCUAAUGCAUCGCCCAACUAAUGGGAAUGAAACCUGAUGUUGUGUCCCAUCCCCUCACCCCACCCUUACAGCUAAUUCGAAACGAUCAAGAGAUUGAAUACAGUCAUUCUGGUUGGUAUCAUUCAGUAAAGUGACAUAGAGUAUAUUCACCCAAGACAAAUUCUGGCCUUAAUGUAUAAUUAAAUGCUAACACAUAAGAGGUCAGUGUUUUUAUUCUUUUAUAUUAUCAUUUUAAGCACUGCUGUGUACAUCGCUGAAAUAUGUUUUGCUCUUCACAGCUGGUGGCUAGGCUAGUAGGUUUCUGUCCAUACUGUUUUGUAAGCACUGCCAAAAGAUAGAAGUAACUAAAGUUAUUUUGCCACUUCCUUUUUCUAUAGAAAGGAGCAUUCACAAGCAAUAGCAGAACUGAAAUUAACUUGCCAAGUGAAGAGAAAUAAGCAAAAUGGCCAGCUAAUCCAUGUAUAACAUUAGUCAUUGAGUGCUGCAUCAUUACUUCACCAGGUUCAUUUUACCUGUUCAGUGAAUGCCAUGCAAAGUUGAGAGAAAAUAGUUAUCUGAUAAAAAGCAUGUUAUUUUAAGCUGGUAAACAAAGUUCUAUAUUGUAUUCUGUUGAGACACUAAAUUGCUGAUAUAUUUAACUAGGGAUUAAAUUUGAUCAUGCCAUAAGAAGAUUUACAAGAAAUGCUAUGGAAUGAUAAGCCAACAGCUACUGUAAACAUUUAAAUAAUAUGUUCCACAUAGAUAAUAACUAAAGAAUGGAAUUGUAUAGAAUUUACAUGUGCAUUCAGUAUUUAAAUUGAACAGACUAGAUAAUACUAGUCCCUUAAUUUAGGCUGUAUUUCUCCCUCCCAAUGAUACCAAUGUAUAAGUUCUGGGACCUUUUUAUAAGCUGUAAUUAAUAUAUUAAAAAAACUGAGUUUUAAAA